AUUCAUUUCCUCUGAACCCGGAAGCAAAUGACUCAAACAUUGCGGACUUACAGGUGAGCGUAGCGGCUCUCCUUGCCGAACGACCAAGAAUAAUGUCCAAAAACCACAAAAUAGUGUUCAUUUUUGGAGGAUUCAUAACAGCCGUCGCUGCUGCGUUCUAUCCCAUCUUCUUCUACCCGCUCACUCACAAAAAUGAGUACAGAGAAGUCCAGAAGACGAAUCGCUCAGGAAUCGAACAGGCCGACGUGCAGCCCCUUGGUGUGAAAAUUUGGUCCGAUCCGUUCAAGAAGUGAUUGCCGAUGGAUGUCGCUCCGCUGGCGUGUGAGUCCGCCAAGGAUUUGACUUUGUAUCCAUUAUGCGAAGGGGACCCACAAUGGAAAAACGACUUUUUAAUGUUGAGCACAGCACGGCCUGCACGUCUACGUUGUAGUAAUGAGGGUUGGAGUCCUGUGUGGAGUUUGCAUGAUUGACAUGUGCCAGCCAUUAUAAAAUAAACCUAUUGAAAAUAUUUUUAAUGAUAAAA